GUAGUUAGCUGGAUAGGUGAAGUUCAAGACGACGAAUGCGAACUGAGCUGUGCCUGUUACUGUGCUGUGGCGCUGAUGAUCUGAUGCAUUAUUCUUCAUCUGCAAAAUUGCAAAGUCAAAAGAGAAUCCAAUAUGACCCAAGCUUCUUGAGAAUUAAUUCUACCAAAAUGGCUGCCAUCAGUUUGAGAUCCCAAUCUCUAUCCCUGUAUAAAAGCUUACUGAGAACAGCUCUGAAAUGGGAGGCCAGCUCUGGAGUACUCGGUGACACCAAAUCCGAGAGGGAAUACAUCAAGACUGAAACUAAAGAACUCUUCAGGAAAAAUAAACAACUGACAGAUGUUGAGGAGAUCAAACUUUGCAUUCAAGAAGGAGAGUCCAGACUAACCAUGGCUUUGCAUUACAGGACACCAUACCCCAGGCCUGUGAACAUUCCUUAUGGUGGACUGCCUCCCUCUAUGAGCAAAGACAAGAAAGCCCAAGUUAGACUACGGAAGCAGGCUAAGCCCGUCUACAUGAAAUCACAUGAUGAAUACUGAUCAAAUUAUUGAAGGACGCGAUGAAAAUGGACGAGAAAUUAGGAUUUAUGUACAUGCCUGAAGAAAUGGAAUUGUAUGUAUGAAGUCUUUGAUUAUUUUGUCCAUGAGGUGUGCGAAGCCUGGAGAUUUCACACUGGGGAAACUGCUCUGUGUUCUGUCAAGUUGAAAUUUCUGCAAAGCAUACAGGAAGUAUUGAUUGCUCUACCAUGCACAUGACAUUAUCCUGCGGAUGUGAAUAUUUCCUCCAUUCUAGAUCGACUUUAACUUGUUAAAUACCGAACCUCGGAUAGCUAUGAAAAGUGUUUGUGGUACCAACUUAAACCAUACUCAGUGGGUUAAGAUCUUUAGACCUUCCCCUUUCAAAAAGAGUGCUUUAUUGCUUUGACUUUAUCAUUAUGCUAAACUGCAAGUCAGCUUAUACAAUUUAUAAUGUACGAUGAGAGGUGUACAAAUUUAUUGAAAAUUGUGUGCACUCUGCAUCACUGCAUGUAUGAAAAGAGCGUUAUCAUUUUGUUGUAUUGAUUAUGUCAUUGGGAAUCAAGAUAUCUUUACCAUAUGAUAUGAAGGAAAUCAAUUGUGUGCUACAAAUGUUCAAAUUCUGCACUGUGUAUAAAAAGGAUUUCAAAUAGUAAUAAUGACUCUUGAACAAUACUAAAAUAAUAAGAUAUAUUAUGUCCAACACACCUAAUUCAUUUCUUGGUGCCAUGGUGCUGUUGUCAUUUGACUUAAUUAUUAAGCACAGUAUUGCCCUUGUGUCCAAUAGAGAGCUAGGACAGCAGUAAAUCCUACAAUAAACUAUUGAAGAUCAUAUCUUACAAUUACAGAUGAAUCUGUAAUAUGGAUUUACUCUGAGCAUGAAGAAAAAUCUUGCAGGUUUGGGAUCCUUGUGCAGUUGUGCUUUCAGCAGUAGGCAACUGCCUUUUGUAUUGCACUUCUUUCCUUUCUACCUUGAUAUGGUAUUCCCCAAUGUUAUUUCUAGCUUUUUGGGUAGAGGAUGGUGUCUACAGAUCUUUUCAUGUUUGUAAAAUUAUAUUUCAUGAAUUAUGAAUGGAUUGAAUGAAAAAGCAGCAAUUCUCUAUAAGUUUCCCACCCAUCUGAGGAUUAUGCAAUAUAAGAGGGAAUUAAUUUUUCAGAAACAUGUUGGAUGAUUUGAACUGUAUCAAAAUCUCAAAUUGGGAAUUAUCUUAUGUUAUAACAUUGCUUGGUAAUGCCUCUGAAAAAAACUUACAUGUUAUAAUUAUUAUUAAAAGAAGAUAACAAUUUCAAAUGAUUAUUUCGACAUUAGUUUUUGCCUGCCUUGUAAAUUGUUGAAAUUGGUGUGAUGAAUACCGAGUCUCUUGUAGUUUCAUAAACUGGAAAAAAGUGUUUUUUAACAUUUUUUUUUUUAUGUGACAUAUCAUACCACACAUAUCAUCUGUUUGAGCCAAAAGGGCAAUAACUCAUAUACUUUAACACAGAGUAAACGUCCUUCUGGCUCCAAAUAGAUGAUACCAUAAAUAUCUCGGAUAAAUGUGUUAGACGUGCUGUUGAAUGUGUGCAGUUGUGAUGUUUGUUGGCUUCCUGGAGAGCUCAGAUAUACGCUCCACCAACAAUUUCUCUUGGCUCUACUUCCUCUAAGGUUAGGGUUCGUGUUGUAAUUGGGAAUUUAGGUUAGGUUUAAAGUUAGGAUUUGGUCUACGGUUAAAGUCUAAAUAAAAUUUUGAAUGCAGAGCA